GGACGCGCGCGCGUACGCGUCUGUGUUUGAAUCGGGGAAUUUGGGUUUUGUAUGGGCAACCAGCAGUCCGAAGAAGAGAAGAAAGCUAGCGCUUUCUGUCCAUUAAUUCCCUACUAGCGCGCGGCACUGUCUGCGGUGGCACCCCACGGAAGCACAUGUGGAAACAGUACGUUCUGACACCCGACAGGAAAGUAAACGAGUGUGCAACGUAACAUAGAGUCGGUGAGAGGAAGACCAACAGAAAGGGGGAGAACAAAAGUGGAGGGAGCGCUCAGGGGUAGAAGAGAAGAGGGGGGAGCCAUCAAGGACAUAUUUUACGCACCCUUAUUCGCUAACACGGUUUGGAGGGCUGCAACUGUGAUUCCUCGGACUGAGAACAUUGCUUACUCCGACCAAAACAGAGCUGUGUUUGUUUAUUAGCUAACUUCACAUUAGCUCGGAGCUAUUUAUUGUUCUGUUGGGAGGAGUUGGCAACGGACGCCGCAUGUUGCCAGCAAGCCAGCUAAUCAAAGCAGAUCUCACCACGAAAGCCAUCUGCGCAUUUUAAGCGAGCGACUGAGCGGAGAAGCGGCAGCGAUAUCGGAGUUUGAACCUCUCUGCCUUCGUGAUAGGCUGCCUGAACACCCCUGAUUUCAUAGCCCGGGUUGUGUUGGAAAACGCUAGUGUGCCCCCCUUGCUUAGAGAUUUAUGAGCUCCCUUGAGGCUAAUGGUUUCGCUGUAUUUAUUUAAGCCACAGGGUCGCCUCGGUACUAGCGAAAUGUUGAAAUCCAAGGUGUUUCUGUAACAGAGGUGAAACAUGGCAGGGCUGCAGGCAUCAGAAGCUGUGUCAGGACCCUUUUUGGAGCCCCCUUCGCUGGACGCGACGUCCCAGUCACAGACCGCUGCAGUUUUCGAUGUCGCGGGCUUGAACCUCAAUGAUGCCGCAAACGUCUUGACCCCAACGGGGACACGGGCAUAUCUGGACGUGUCACCGGUUACCGUGAUGCCCGGCGGGUUCCCGGUGCUUGGGGCCGAGGGGGUAUAUACGAAUGGGAGGUGUAAAGAACAAGUGAGCCCCAGAAUCGGCAGCCGGAGCCGCGAUAGCUCUUCAGAGAGGAGCCUUGGUGGAGGCACCACGCCAUGCGGCAUCAUGAAGGAUGGUUCAAAGCAGAGGCAGUCGCGCAAGAAGACGGUGUCGUUCAGCUCGAUGCCGAGCGACCGCAAGAUGAACAGCACGGCCGCCUGCAUGGCCUUCAUGAUGGAGGGCUGCGAGAUGAAGAAGGUGCGCUCCAACUCGCGCAUGUACAACCGCUACUUUGUGCUGGACGCUGACAUGUGCUGGCUGCGCUGGGAGCCCUCAAAGAAGGAUUCGGAGAAGGCCAAGCUGGAGAUCAAGAGCAUCAAAGAGGUGCGGCUGGGGAAGAAGACCCCCGUGCUGAGGAGCAACGGCCUGUCAGACCAGUUCCCCGACGAGUGCGCAUUCUCCAUCAUCUACGGGGAGAACUACGAAUCGCUGGACCUGGUGGCCAGCACACCAGAUGUGGUCAGCACGUGGGUGAUGGGGCUGCGCUACCUGGUGUCCUAUGGAAGGCACACGGUAGACGCGGCCGAAGCGAGCCAACCCAGUCUGCGCACGUCCUGGAUCGGCUCUGUGUUUGAGCUGGCCGACGUGGCGAAGCAGGGGCACAUCGAGCUCCUCCGCGCCACGCAGAUCAUCAAGGGUCUGAACCCAGGCAUGAAGGAGUCGAGGAUUGAGCUGAAGUUCAAGGAGCUGCAAAAGGCCAAAGACGAGUACGGGGAGGAUAUUAACGCCGACACGUUUGUAGAGGCCUACUGUGAGCUCUGCACUAGACCUGAGGUGUUUUUCCUCAUGAUGCAGUUCUCCACCAACAAGGAGCACCUCGACAGCAAGGACCUGAUGCUGUUCGUGGAGGUCGAGCAAGGUGUGGAAGGGGUGACCGAGGAGAUGUGCCACCCCAUUGUCCAGAAGUUUGAGCCGUCGAAAGAGGGCAGGGAGCGAGGCUGCCUGUCCAUCGACGGUUUCACUCACUACCUCCUGUCUCCCGAGUGCCACAUCUUCGACCCACAGCACAAGCGCGUGUGCCAAGACAUGAACCAGCCGCUGUCGCACUACUACAUCAACUCCUCACACAACGCCUCGCUUCUGGAGGACCACUUCUGGGGCUCCUCCGACAUCUCCAGUUACAUACGAGCCCUGCGUAUGGGCUGCCGCAGUCUGGAAAUGGUGGUGUGGGACGGGCCGGACUGCGAGCCCGUGGUCUACGUGGGAAGUUCUGUGGCCUCGCAGCUUGCCUUCUGCAAAGUGCUGGACGUCGUCAACCAGUAUGCCUUUGAGAGUUCCGAGUAUCCUUUGAUCCUGUGCUUAGUCGUUCACUGCUGCGUGCCACAGCAGAGGGCCAUGGCUCAGCACAUGAAGAAGAUCCUGGGUGACAAGCUUUAUGUCGAGCCGCCAAACCCAGAGGAGCAUUACUUGCCGUCCCCCGAAAAACUAAAGGGCCGAAUCCUUCUCAAGGGUAAACGUCUUCCUCCCAACUACCCUGACUCAGAGGGGGACGUGACAGACGAAGAGGAGGGGCUUGAGAUGUCGAGGCGAUUGGUUGGGGCAGACGAGAAGGACAACCUCAAUGGGAUUGGGUGCAAACGCCUGCGACUCUACAAGGAGCUCUCAGACCUGGUCUCACUCUGUAAGUCGGUGCAAUUCAGGGACUUUGAGACCUCCAAAAGGGAACAGAGGCACUGGGAGAUGUGCUCGUUCAACGAGGUGGAUGCCAACCGCUUCGCCAACGAGUUCCCAGAGGACUUUGUAGGCUACAACAAGCGAUUCCUGUCACGGGUCUAUCCCACGCCAAUGCGCAUCGAUGCCAGCAACAUGAACCCCCAGGACUUCUGGAAGUGUGGCUGCCAGAUUGUGGCCAUGAACUAUCAGACACCAGGACUGAUGAUGGACCUUAACCUGGGCUGGUUCCGGCAGAAUGGCAACUGCGGUUACGUGCUGCGGCCAGCCAUCAUGAGGGAGGAGGUGUCAUACUUCAGCGCAAACGCACGAGACUCCUUGCCCGGUGUCUCUGCACAACUUUUGCACAUCAAGGUGAUCAGUGGCCAGAACUUGCCAAAGCCACGUGGCUCCGCUGCAAAGGGGGACGUGGUGGAGCCCUACAUUUACGUGGAAAUCCAUGGCAUCCCAGCUGACUGCGCCGAGCAGCGCACCAAGACCGUCUCACAGAAUGGUGACAACCCCAUCUUUGAUGAGAGCUUUGAGUUCCAGAUCAACCUGCCAGAACUAGCGGCGCUCCGGUUCGUGGUGCUAGACGACGACUACAUCGGGGAUGAGUUCAUAGGUCAAUACACAAUCCCGUUUGAGUGCCUGCAGCCAGGCUACCGCCAUGUUCCCCUGCAGUCUCUCACCGGGGAGUUCCUACCCAACACCACUUUGUUCGUGCAUGUGGCCAUCACCAACCGCCGCGGCGGGGGCAAAGCACACAAGAGGGGCCUGUCGGUGAGGAAAGGACGCAAAACUCGAGAAUACACCUCCACCAAAACCACGGGCAUCAAGGUGGUGGACGAGCUGUUCAGGGCCUCCACACAGCCACUCAGGGAAGCCACUGACCUCAGAGAGAAUGUUCAGAACGCCAUGGUGUCCUUUAAGGAGCUGUGCGGCCUGGCCCCCGCCGCCAACAUGAAGCAGUGCAUCAUGACGGUGUCCUCCUGGCUGCUGAACAGCGAGCGCUCCCUGCGGGUGGCCGUGGACCUGAGCGAGACCUACCCCACCAUGGAGGCCCAGGGGCCCGUGCCCGAGCUGCUGCGCAAGGUGCUCAACGCCUACGACACGAUGAUCCAGACCAGUCGCACUCUAAUCGAGUCAGCAGACGGAGUCUACGCCAAACUCACACAAGCACAACGAGCAGGGUUGGAUUUCCACGAGGACCUUCACCGCAUCGGUGCCAAGGAGGGCCUGAAGGGCAGGAAGCUGCAGAAGGCCAUGGAGAGCUACGCCUGGAACAUCACCGUGCUCAAGGGUCAGGCCGACCUGCUGAAGCACGCUAAGAGUGAGGCGGUGGACACGCUCAGGCAGAUCCACUGCGCGGCGCUGUCCUGCGGCCUGGUAAAGAACGGAGCGGCAGCCACAGCGACACCACCGGCCCCUGCCCAUGCCACCGCCGCCUCCUCGCCGGCCUCACCCUUGCCCUCACCCCUGCUGCCGCCUCCACCGUCCCCUCACGUCCUCCACCUGCCCCGCCUCGCCCCUCUGCACACCAUCCCCGAGAGCGAGGCCGCAAACCACGACCACUCUGCUGCACACUGAACUAUUCUAAACACACACACACACACACUCACACACACACUCACACACACACACUCACGCGCACACACACAC